UAACUACUUAUGACAUGCGUUAUGCUAAUUAUGCAUAGUGUUACAGAUACAUUUUAUUAUGUAUUUAGUAUGCAUGCUAAAGUCAUACAACAUGAUGAGCUAACUGUUCUUCCAGUGAAAGGAGAUAGACACUGCAUAAUUAAUUCCAUUAUAGCCUGCAUAUAAUUUUUGCAUUUGUGCGAUGAUCCAACAUUUACAAAGAAUUAUUUAUUAAGUGAAAUAAGAAAAAAUAUACUUAUGAACUUAGAAUAUUAUGGGAUGUUUCUUAAUUCCAGAAAUAUAGAUCCAAUAAAUGAAAUAGAUUCAUAUAUGAAUAUGGGUUUAUAUGACAGUUCAACAAGUGACUUAAUACCAAACAUAAUUUGAAACAUACUGCAAUGCCAAAUUCUUAUUUUGGAACUUAACCAUGUUACAGAAAGUUAUGAACUUGAAAAAUCACACAUAUUAAAUCCAACUGACCCAACAAGUGGGAGCUGUUUAAAACCUAAUUUUACUUUGAUGCUUAAAAGAGAUCAAUCAAAAAAUCAUUAUGAUGGAUUAAUAUACACCAAACAAUACAAAUGUUUGAAAUAAAAUUCUAUUGAUUAUGAUGCUUGUUUAUAUGCUUUAAAUUAUAAUUGAGAAUUUUUUUUUGUUAAAUUUUUAGCUCAUGGAAAACAAAUAAAAAACGAGGAAAAUCCAGCUUUUAUAGAAGAUAUAAACACAAAAUUUUAUAGAAGAUAUAAACACAAAAUUUUAUAGAAGAUAUAAACACAAAAUUUAUAGAAGAUAUAAACACAAAAUUUUAUAGAAGAUAUAAACACAAAAUUUAUAGAAGAUAUAAACACAAAAUUUUAUAGAAGAUAUAAACACAAAACUUAUAGAAGAUAUAAACACAAAAUUUUAUAGAAGAUAUAAACACAAAAUUUAUAGAAGAUAUAAACACAAAAUUUUAUAGAAGAUAUAAACACUUUUAUAGAAGAUAUAAACACAAAAUUGAUGGAAAAUUCUUUAGAUGGCUGUAAUAAUGUUAUUGACUUUACACCACAACUUUCAACCCUUUUCACAGCAACCAGUUCAUUUCACACAGGCGAUUCUCAAACUAACAAUACACACACAUCAGAUUGUGAUAUUGACUUUAGAUGUCAUCUUUCAAGCCAAGAAAAUAAAAGUCAUGCCCUUUAUGCAAGAAACGUGUAAAAGAUAUACCAAAGCAUAUGAGGCAAGUGCAUUCAUACUCCGUUAGCAGUGCUGCAUCAACUACAGGACAGUAUGGAUUAAGAGGAAAGAUUGAAAAAAAAAGUGAAAAAAAAGAUUACGAUUGCUACAGACAAUGCCCUGUGGAUAAAUGUUAUAAGGUUGUGCUGCACUUACCACAACACCUAAAAUCAGUUCAUAAGAUUCAAAAAGGUGAAGAAUACUUUAAUCUCUUAUAUUCAGCAAAGAAAAUUUCUACAGAACUAAUGCCAAAAAAUAUUCUGACUUCUCCAAAAAAACUAUAUGGAGAUUUACCAACUGAUUUUACAUUGAACAAAACAAAGAAGCUAAAUCCAUUUAUAAAAAUUGAACAUAAAAGUUUUAUUAAGGAGCUAACAUAUGAGUCAUCAAUAAAUGACGAAGAGUCAUUAUCAGAUAGUAAAAAUACAGAAACCUCUUCUGAUGAAGAAUAUACAAUACCUCUGCGUGAUGAUAUUAAAGAAAAAACUUUAUCCAACUAUGUGGAAAAUCUACUUAACCUAUUUUUUAAUUUUAUGACUGGCUCCAACCAUGGAUGCAAACAAAACUCAGUUACUGAAAUUGUUCGAGAUGCGAGAAGAAUUUUGAUUGAAGUAGGCGUAUAUGAGGAUAUUAGCAUUGCAUUUGAUAAAAAUUUGGCUACUUUAGAAAAGAAGUACAUCCAGGAGUAUUGUAAAAAAAAAGAUAACUAAAGCAGGAUCUAUAAGAAAAUAUCUCUCUUCGUUUAGAUGUUUUUGCCAAUUUCUUAUGCGGCAAGAUGAAGAUUAUAAAGUUGAUAUGAAACUAUUAACAAAUGCUGAGUCUCAACUUAAGCAAUGGAUUCGGAUUUAUACAAAAAAAGCUCAAAUAUAUAGUUACCAACGUAAAGCUGAUGACAUGGAAAUGCUUAUUGAUAAAGAGCAAGUUGAGAAAUACGAGAAAAGCAGCAUUUUUAAAAUGGCAGAAGAUCUUUUUGAACAAAAAGAAAAGAUUUGUAUAAAUACAUCACUCAAUAGCACUGAUUAUUGCAUAAUGAGGGAUCAUCUACUAGUAGUUAUAGCAUUAGGAUGCGCACAAAGACCAGGCGCUUCAGUUAAUAUGAAGCUAAGAGAAUAUAAAAAAGCUAAGCAACUUGACAAUGAACAUUUUGAAAUAGAAGUGUGGGAGCAUAAAACACUUUUACAUCAUGGUUCAGCUCGAAUUAUUUUAAAUCAAAAAGAAUUUUUGAAACUAAAAACCUUUGUGGAAAGAGUUCGUAUAAUGUUAGACCAUCAAAAAUCAAACAACAUUUUUUUAAGUUGGAAAGGAAAUAAACUCUCAUCUGGAGAUGUAAGUAAAAGAUUGCACAAUUUAUGGAAAAACUGUGGCAAUUCGAAAACAAAGGACCAAUAAAAAACUUAACAGCUGGAGCAUUUAGAAGGUCAGCAUCUACAGGUGUUCGUAUACAAGGAAGCAUAUACCAAAAAGAGGUAGCUACACUUAUGAGUCACACUAAAGAAACAGCUGAUGAAUAUUAUGAAAUAAUAGAUAAAAGAAAUGCAGCAUUGAAAGGUAGUAAAGAAGUAAGAAAAAUGUUUCACUCAGUCAUGAUGCCCAGUGAUAUUUUAAAAUCUUCACCUUUAAAAACAACAAAUAACACACCAAGAAAAAAAUGGUCUACAAAAGAAACAAACCUUUUACAACAGAAUCAGAGUCCAAUGCAAGAUAUUUUGAAAGCUGUAAAUGCAUCACCAAAACAAAUCUAUGAUAAAAUAAGAUCAUUAAAAAGAAAGGAGCACAUUGAAGACAAAAAAAGCACAAGUGUAAAAUCUCGAGUUAAAUGGACAGAAACACAGAAAUAAGAGUUGAGGGAAAAAGCAAUAGAACUAAUUAAGGAUCCAGAAACAAUAAUAACUAGAAAAAAUGUUGAACUUUUAUUACCGAACUUAAUGAAAAACUUUAGUUUUGUUCAAAUUAGGACAAGAAUCAUGUAUGAAAGACAGAUUUUUAAAAACUAGACUUGAAAAUCUACACACACACACACGCACACACACACACGCACACAGUUGUAUAUAUAU